UUUUCUUUUCUGGAAAGGUUGUCAUUUUGCUUUAACAUCAUGUCUUACUCUUUUAGACAGUCAUCACGGUCAGGAGGCUCGGUCUCAGGAGGUUAUGGUGGAGGUGCUGGUGGUUAUGGUCAUUGUGGAGUUGCUAGUGGGGCAGGCUUUGGAGGAGGUGCUGGUGGUGGACAUGGUGGAUAUGGUGAUGGUGCUGGUGGAUAUGGAGGUGGUUUUGGUGGUGGUGCUGGUGGACAUGGUGGUGCUGGUGGAUAUGGCGGUGGUUUUGGCGGUGGUGCUGCUGGUCAUGGUGGUGGAGCUGGCUUCGGAGGAGACUUUGGUGGUGGGGCUCAUCAUGGAGGAGGUGACAGCCUUUUGUCUGUCAAUGAGAAACAAACCAUGCAGAAUCUUAAUGAACGCUUGGCUUCUUACCUGGAUAAAGUCCAUGCAUUGGAAAAGGCAAAUGCUGACCUUGAAAGUAAGAUUAAGGAAUGGUAUGAAAAGCAAAGACCCGGUGGUGCUUCUGGAGAAGGACCAAAAGACUACUCUAAAUACUACAAGAUGAUUGACGAUCUAAAGACUCAGAUUGUUAAAGCUACCACUGACAAUGCAAGUAUAGUACUGCAGAUUGACAAUGCCAGGCUGGCUGCUGAUGACUUCAAGAUGAAGUAUGAGAAUGAGCUGGCACUCCGCCAUAGUGUAGAGGCUGAUAUUAAUGGCCUGCGCAAGGUCUUGGAUGACCUGAAAUUCAGUAAAUCUGACCUGCAGUCCCACUUUGAAGGUCUUACGGAGGAAAUUGCAAGCCUGAAGAAGAAUCAUGAUGAUGAGGUUAAAGGAUCCCAUGGAACAACGGUUGGCCAAGUUAGCGUAGAAAUGAAUGCCACUCCCGGUAAUGAUCUUACGAAGGCUCUAAAUGACAUGCGGGCACAGUACGAGGCCAUGGCUGAGAAGAAUCGUAAGGACGCUGAAGAUCAGUUCAACAAAAUGAGUGAAGGUUUGAAAAAAGAAAUAUCCACCGGUGUGCAGCAAGUCCAGAGCAGCAAGAGUGAGACCUCUGAACUGAAGAAGUCACUCCAAGCCUUAGAGAUUGAGCUUCAAUCACAACUUGCCAUGAAAAAAUCCCUAGAAGAUACACUGGCAGAGACAGAAGGACGUUUCUGUGUGCAACUUGCACAGAUCCAAGUACAAAUUGCUGGCUUUGAGGAACAAUUGUCACACAUCAAAGAGGAACUACAGUGCCAGACCGAAGAAUAUGAAGAUCUGCUGGAUAUUAAGACCAGGUUAGAGGCAGAGAUUGAGACAUACCGCAAGCUUCUAGAUGGAGAAGGUGGUACUGGACAAAGUGGUUCAGGGUCUGGAAAAGGUUCAGGAUCAGGGUACACCGCUCAACAAGGAUCCGGAAGUGAUUCAGGAGCCAAAAAAGAACCCAUAAGGACACGGAGAAUAGUGAAAAAAAUUCAGAUCAUAGAGAAUGGUAAAGUUGUUGGAGAACAGGAGGUUGUGGAAAAUGAAAAAUAUUAAGAUAACCACUUCAGCCACCAGAAAUACUGUCUACUCAAGCAAAAUGGAAACCAACUCACUAACCAAUCUUCUAUAGCUAUUCUAUUUCUUCUUGUAUGGGACUAUAUCAGACUGGAGAGUAAAUACAUUGUGCAGAUCGUAUGAUACCAGUGUAUGCUGUCACAUCUUGAUGUAAAUGCUGUUACACUCUUUGUAAUACUGUUAUGUAUCUGACUACUACAUACAGUAUGUCAGCGCCGGAAAAUUCUGUAGCUCCCAAGAUGUUGCAUCCUGUGUCUCUCUCUAUUAUUAUGGGUACCUUCAGCAUACUAUCUACUGCUUUGCACGAUUUGCAAAAUAAAAAAUUUUCUUAUGCAAGUUA